GUCUUUGCAGAGGAAUGUCGCUGCUGCUAUAUUUCUGUGGGGAUGGAGGACUGACAGAUGUUUUGAGAAAAAGAUGUCGGGACUGCACUUCCUUAUCUUAUUAAAUAACCAUGAUGCUCCAAAUAACAUGGUAGUUCCCUCCAUUUCCAUCUGGCAAGCAAGAAAAUCCGGUCCGAUUUAAGAUAGCGGCUCGAUUCGACUCAGACUCAACAUUUAGUCAUUCGGUGUCCUGUUUUCCUUCUGAGCAUGGACCCUUAACUUCCUCAAGCGCCAGGAUACACUGUUUAAUUUCCCUCCAGUAGUCGUGUGAAUUAUCAGGGGAGCUCCACUAAACUACAGAGUAUCACCGUACGAGCUCAAGAAGCCUCAGCAAGAUGUUUUCAGCACUGAAGAAGCUGGUGGGACAGGAGCCUGGACAGCUCGGUCCAAAAAACAUCCCGUCCGGCCUGCAGUCCAUGAACCAAAGUUUGCAGAGACGCUUCGCCAAAGGGGUCCAAUAUAAUAUGAAAAUCGUCAUCCGAGGAGACAGAAACACUGGAAAGAGUACUUUAUGGCACCGACUGCAGGGGAAGAAGUUUGUGGAGGAUUACAUACCCACUCAGGAGAUCCAAGCCACAAGUAUCCAUUGGAAUUAUAAAACUACUGAUGACGUGGUCAAAGUAGAGGUGUGGGACGUGGUAGACAAAGGUAAAGGCAAAAGGCGCGGAGACAAUUUGAAGCUGGAGAACGAGCCCCAAGAGUCAGAUGAGGUGGCCCUGGACGCAGAGUUCCUGGACGUAUACAAGAACUGCAACGGAAUCAUCAUGAUGUUUGACAUUACCAAGCAGUGGACAUUUAACUACAUCCUAAGGGAGCUGCCUAAAGUACCCACUCAUGUGCCGGUGUGCGUGUUGGGAAAUCACAGGGACAUGGGCGAGCACCGUGUCAUCCUACCCGAUGACAUCAGAGACCUGAUCGCUGGACUCAACAGACCAAUGGGAUCAUCUUACAUCCACUAUGCUGAGUCGUCCAUGAAGAACGGCUUCGGCUUGAAAUAUUUACACAGGUUCUUCAACAUCCCCUUCCUGCAGCUACAGAGAGAAACCCUCCUGAGGCAGCUGGAGACCAACCAGUUGGACAUGGAUGCCACCCUGGAGGAGCUGUGUGUGCAGCAGGAGACUGAAGAUCAAAACUAUGAGAUUUUCCUGGAGAACCUGGAGUCUCGCAGUAAAGGCUACGGCUCUCCCGGUCCAGCCAACGGUCAGAGCCCCUCCUCGGGCUCCCAGUCCCCCAUCGUCCCACCCAGCGGUGCUUCCACAGGCAGCUCCAGCCCGAGCACCCCUCAGCCCCCCGUCCCCUCCCAGGCACUCCCGCAGUCGCCGUCUGUGUCCGCCUCCUCCCCUCCGCCCCCCAUGGCUACAGCCAGCGCCGCGGCUUCGCCCACUAUAGAGCCUAAGCUGUCGGCCCAGUCUCCCGAGCACCUACAGUCCGCCGCUCCCGGAGCGUCGGCCCCACAGAAACGUGGAUUCAUAUCACGCUGGUUUGGUGCCUCUGCUGCUGCUGAGACUCCUGCUAGUGCACCAGAGGAACCUCCUGCAUCAGUGUGUCCCUCUAAGGUGCAGAGUGUGGACGACUUUGUGCCGGACGAGAGACUGGACAAGAGCUUCCUGGAGGACAGCCUACCCUUCAAGACAAAGGUGCCUCAGCCUGCUCUGGCUGUGGACAGCGACAGCGACGGUGAAGGCAGAGGGAACCCCAUGGUGUCCGGUUUCCAGGAUGAGCUCGACCCAGAUGACAGCGAGCCCAGCCUCCCACAGCCCAAGACGCUGCCCUCCAAUAAAGAUAUCACUCUGUCCAGUGACGAGGAGGAGGCGGUACCAGCAGCCCCCACCAUCACACAGGACCAGGACCUGGACAGCGAACCUGACCUGAAAGCGCCUGUGAUCCACAUCACAAAACCAAAGGUGGCUAAAGCUCCAGAGCCCAGAGGCCCGACGGCAGCGCCCAUCUCCCUCACUUUAACCCCAGCGGCGGAGCAGCCGGCCCGACACCAAGGCAAGAAGAAGGGAAGCACACCUAAGACAGAGGACUCUGACACCGACCCCGAGGCACCCUUCGCCCAGCAGAUGCUCUCCUUCAUCAUGGAUGACCCCGACUUUGAGUCUGAAGCAUCAGACACACCAAAAGUAACUAAGGAUACAUUUCCUAUCAGGGACGAGCUUCUGUCCGACCUCUCCGACGACGACAUGCAGUCAGCCAAGGUGACAGAGCCUCUGAAGCCCACUGUGAUCUCCUUCAAACACAAGGACGACACCGACCUGUUCGGUCUCGGCUUCCAAGAAGAGGCUCCCGCAGCCAAAGACAGCAGCGAGGAGCAGGAAGAGAAAGACAGUAAACACUCCUCCAAAGAAAAGAAGAAAAAGAAGAAGAAAAGCAAAGAGGAGGACGAGAAGAGCAAGAAGAAACACAAAUACAAGAAGAAAGAUGAGGCUGGGGCCGGGGCCGGGGCCGGGGACGAAAAAGAUAAAAAGAAAAAGAAAUCCCGGAGCAAGAAAACAGAAGUGGACGAGCUGGAGGACUUUCUUGGCGGAGGAACAGGAGCCAUCAAAAGAGACGACGGCGAUUACGAAGAACUAUAAAGCCUCUGGUUUUUUCUUCGGGGGAAAAACGAGCCACGAGAACAGCAGCGUCGCACGUUCCGGGAAAAAAAAGAAAACAAAACAAAACAAAAAAAAAACCUCCUGGUUCCUUGACUUGCAUAAAGCAGCAUCUCCAAGCCAUACGCAAUACGCAAGGCUACCAACAACACCCAGGUAAACUCAAGCCAGGACUCUGGUUCCUGUACGUUCCUUCUGAUUGAUUUCCCCCCCCCCCUACAUCUGCACUACUGCUGUCACUUCCAUUCCAAUAAGAAACGGUGAAGAGACCGACAUGUACUGUAAUGAGUCGCGACUUUCAAAAUUCGACGAUCGGCGUAGCUGCGAGGGAGCGGCUCUUUGUACUAACGUUAGCUUAAUAUUUUUGUUGAUUUAAUACACUCUCCAAGCGAUCCACUCCGAAAUCAGCUGCUGUAAAUAGGGUGACCAUUUUGUCUGAAUGUUCGUGUGGUUGGUGUAAUAAUUGAGUGCAUGCUCAAAGUGACAACUGACUCCUUAGAGAAAUCCGUAGUAUUCCUUCCUUUUCUUUCUUUCCUUCUUUCUUUCCUACUUAAAUGGUUAAUGGCAGAUCUUUGUCCAGGUUUAGUGUUUGUGUGUCUAAUUAUGAAGACUAAAGAAGAAGAAUUCAGAGUGUUUCGCCCAUCGCCAACAUAGGAAAUGACUACAAUUAUGACCACAAUAAGUAAGAUAAGUUAAGAUAAGUUGUUCUCCAUCCACACUAAGCUGCCAUGUUUCUUAACAAAAAAGGGAGCUUUCAGAAAACUAAGCCACAUUCAGAUCAUGUUUCUUGUUCGUUCAGUCGUAAGAAAUAUAUGUGUUUGACUCUAUAUCUGGACUGGGCAGCGACUGAAAUAGAAAUAGAUGUACACAGAGCUCAGACCAUAGUAUUUGUUCCGACCUGACAGACAUGAGGCUUCAAGAAUGAAAAUGUGCGUUGGUCGUUGCUAUUUUUUUUUUCCUUCAUGCCUGAAUCCUGCAUAUUGUGUGAAAGUGGUAGACAAACGACAGCGUCUCGCAACAUCCCGAUGAAGACUAGCAUGAGAAGCACUUUUACUUUCAUUCAACUGAAUCUGUAUCACGUCUUUAGAUCCAGUUUCGCUCAUAUAUCAGCGAUUACACGAGGACCGUAAACAUUCUCGAUCGGUGUCAGCGGCGUAGCUACGUCAUCGAAGUAGAAAAAGACGACAUGCUAGGAUUGCUCGGGGGACAAAGUGUUGUCCACUUUGUCCUUCAGCCAAGUCACAGUAAUCUACAGACUUCCGACCAUCUUGAAAAGGCAAAAAUUUGGCAUGGACUUUUGUUUUCGGUGUGGAUGGAGACCUUUACGAAAAAACACUAAUGUGGACAAAAUAAGGCAGCUUAGUGUGGACGUAGUCACUUGAGAACAAGUCAUCACUGGUGAAUUCAUGAUUAUCUUCUUACCCUGUUAGGACAACUUAACGAUUAAACAUCUUUCUUACCGACUCCUCCUUUCUCUGCUUCACCCAAGAGGCCGCAUUCAAAUUCUCUUCACGUUUUCUGCAAAAAUGCCUUAAUAGAGGUUACUACAAGGGAAUGAUGUGCCGCUAUCCUCACGAACCAUUUUUUAAGUGUUCUUACUGUAAACUGGUAAGUAGCUCGGUUGGGCUCAGAACGUCGGCCCCAGCCUUUUUAUUGGUGAAAAAGAACCGAUAUCGUCUUUCUAAAAGCCUGCUGUAAGUUUGCAGUGAAUCAAUACAUUUGUUUGUCUCUGCUUUUUUGUUGUUGUUUGUUUGACUUUCAGACAACAAAACUAUCAUUUUUAAGGAGAAUUACGGAAUUAUGUUAACGUGUCUGUAAAUGCAACAUUUCUGAGAUUUUUUUUUUGUCAUCGUUUUAUCCUUGUUAUUUAUUGUUUCUAUUUUUGCUUUGUGUGAUUUUGUGCUAAAACUGCCCUCAUCAAAACACAUCAUGCAGCUUUUCGUGGGUUACAGUUCACAAUACUAAACUUUUUCCUAUAAAACAUCCAACAGUUUAUUUUCCACUACUCUUAAGGAAACGUUUGUGGUUAUAUGAACUGCUAAACCUUUUCAUGUCUCGUCUCUUUUAUUUGUUUUUUUUGUCCACUGUUCACAUUUACCGCUCGCGAUGGACAGAUUUGACGUGCAGCAUCUUCCAUAGAUCGUAUCACCAAAAGGUUUCAGAUGAAUAAGGUGUAUUUUUAGACUUAAAGAUUUCGUACAAUUUCCAUCUUCCAUACACACAUACACACACACACACACUUGAUUUACAAAGAGAUGAUGUUUAAUAUUCCAAAGUUGAAACUAUGCAGCAUUGAUCCUGAAUACUGUAUGCUCCUUUUAUUUGUUUUUGUUUUUUCAGUUGUUUUUUUUUUUUUUGUCUUUAUGUCAUGUGAUUGAGGAUAAAUGCUGAAAGCACAGUUUCAAGCCAAGCAUGAGACUUAAAUGUACAGCAAGAAAAGAAUGUAUAAAGUAUAUAAGUAAAUAUAUAUAUUUGAAGAGCUUUGUUCCAAAAUGAUGUAUACACCAUCAGGAGGGGGAAAAAGUUACCGAAAUUCCUAUAAAAUGAUUACGGACAGGAGGAAUUAUUAUAAAAUUCUGCAGUUGGAUGUAAUAACAUCAUCAAGAACAGAUGCGCACUUUGAAAAUAUAUUAUCUUUCAGGUAUUUUUCUCCCCUAGUCGUAUGACAUUUUGGAAUGAAUCCCUUCAUUUAUUUUUCACCCCCAUGACAUGUUCCAUCUCAAGACUGUGUGAGUUUGCCUAUGUUUGGUUUGUCCAAUAAAUGCAAACUUAUUUCUUCAUAACGAGUAUUUCUCCAGUCAUUUUUUUUCACCCUUGACACAAUUAUUUUUUUUUAAACACCAUGACUUAGAUGAUUCUGUGCAUGUCUUUGCCAGC